AUGCACUACGUAAAGAGCAAAACGGUGGUUAUUCAGGGAUCGACAGACAAAUUGAGUAACAGCAGCGUUGCCAUAAAAAAUUCAAACACUUCGCUCAAAAAGGAGUUGCACACAGACGUGCAAGGGAAAAGAUCCAACCGAGAUGAUCCAUCUGAUGAGGAAAGACAGACAAGCGAAAAUGCGCCAAGAUUAAAGUCAUCCCUUAAAAAAAAGAAGAGCUCUUUGGAUGGAAGUACUUUGGAACAGGUGAGCUUCAAACGUGAAGAUGUGGAGGGGGACCCACUGGAGGUGAGCAGUAGCGACGCUUCGGAGGGGCCGCUUAACGGUAUCACGUCGAAAAUGGGCGUGACGCUGGAGGGAGGAGAAAACGAAGGUGAUGAAAGCAGCGUAGAUGAUGAUCGAAACUCGGAUGACCCUGACACGGAACGGAGUAGUAACUCGAGUGAGGAAAAAUCGGUAGACAAACCGAAGGGACCAGCAAAAAGUGCAAUGAAAAAAGUGUCCGUGUUCCAGCGGCUAGCCACGACGCACACGCUGAGCAACAGCUACAGACACGUAAGUCCAAAGUUGAAGAAGCUGCACACAGAAAAUCUCCAAGCAGCCUUGAAAAACGGGGGACCCAAUAAAGCCUUCAGCAUGAAAGUAGACAAGAACGUGACCUAUACUUCAUUCUCGCCGUAUAAUAAAGCGAGAAAGAUAAAUGCGGAAAGGAAACUAAAUAUGAUCAGGGCCAAGACGCAGAUAUUAAAAAUAGCUGAAAGGUUUAUGAGCACAGAUAAAAUCAAGUCAUUCCAAAUGGGGGAGAAGCGGAACACUCAAUCGUUUGCGAAAAGUGGGAAACCCCCUUCGGAAAAGGUGCAGGUUUUGGGGCCGUUUUUGCCCAAGAAGGGGGGGAACGAAUUGAUCAAGUUGGAAAAGUUGGAAAAGUUGGAAAAGUCGGUAGGGAAAAAGCCAGGGGAUAUUCCGAUCCAUUUGAGGCGAAGUUCAACCAAGCAUGGGAACUUGGGCAACGCUAACCACGGAAAGGGGCCCAAUGAAAAAGUAGCCAACCGGAAAAACCGACCAAUAUUAAGAAAGGAUAAAAAGAUGGUUUUACGGAAAAUGGGUAGCCAACAAGGAUUACCAUUAUUUGAAAACAUGCUUGGAGUAAGUCCCUCAGGAGAAGUGUAUUCAUGGAAUGGCUACCACUGGAAGAGAAUAAACAUCCUCUACGAAUGUUUCGUGUCCUUAUGCACUGACAAAAGGGGACACAUCAUUUGCAUCAAUACAGAUUUCAACCUGGGUUUUCUAAUGAGCAAUAGGUGCUUCCAAAAAAUAGAUACUCAUAGAGAAACUCUCUUUUUAAAAAUGGCCAUUAGUGGGAGGAAUAAAAUGUGGGCAAUAAACCUUCGGGGCGAUUUACAAAAAUGGGAUAAAUACGAAUGGGUGCAGGAAAAAAAGGCCUAUGGAAUAGCAAAGUUGAAGUCAUUGGCCUUUGACAGAAAUGAUCACCUGUGGGUUCUGGAUGAGAAGAAUUAUUUUUACAUUUUCAACACACAACGUAAGAAUUGGAUGCUCCACAGUGAUGCCAGCAGGGGAGGAGGAAAGAUAAAUGACUUUGAUUUUAACGAGAAUAAUUUUUUGGUGGCCCUCACCUCUGAUGGGAUGAUAAAAAUUUGUAAAAAUGGCCGAUGGGUGAAGUGCGGAAUGUUAGGACAAAUGAAAAUUUCCAGUUUGCACUUUUUGAGGAAGGCAGGGGGGGACCACCCGUUCGGCAUGACAAAAUAG